AUUUUUAAAUUAAAAUAACUUGGCAUUGGAGAGAAUUUGAUUAAUAUAACGAAUUGAAGUUAAAACGGAAUUAUGUCUGACCCAGAAAGAGGAGAUCGAGGUAGAAGGCGACCCAGGAGAAGAGGCGGUGGUCCAAAUAGCGGCAACAGAAAGAUUGAAAGAGAAACAUAUGAUGGGGAUUACCAGUCAUCAAAGCCAACUAUCAUAUUGGCCAAACCCUCUGCACUGGACUCGGGUGGAGGUGCUCUUAGUACAAGCCCAUCAUCCACAGCCACCACAAGCAAGCCAGACAAACCUGUUGUCAUGGCAAUAAGACCCAGAGAUGAGUCAUUCUCUUCAGGCACAGCCACUGUAUCAGCAGGGGAAACAACUCCAUCUCAGAUUCCUUCAGCCUUGCAUCGAACACCUGUAGGCAUUGUCCAGACUGAUGGAUCAAGCCGACUAUCUGCUCCUCUAGAAAUGAACCAAAGCAUAAGGAUUGUAGAUGACUCUCAUCAAUGGAGUGAUGCAGGGAUGGAAGUUUUACUGGAUCAAACAGAUUUCUUUGUAGUGGGAGUUCUUGGACUUCAGGGAUCUGGAAAAUCCACCAUUUUAUCUCUCCUGGCAGGAAAUAACCCCACAGACAGUAUAAGGCAGUACAUAUUUCCACCACAAAGUAGAGACUGUAAAGAAUUAUGUGAACACCAAACCACUGGGAUUAACAUGUUUGUUACAGGAGAGAGAACCAUAUUCUUAGAUUCUCAGCCAAUUAUGAGCCCAUCCGUUCUUGACAAAAUGAUUCGCCAAGAGAAAAAGAUCCCUCCAGAAUACAGCACUGCUGAAAACUGUGUGGAAAUGCAGUCCCUGCACCAAGCAGCAUUUAUGAUGUCAGUGUGUCACAUCAUCUUAGUUGUUCAAGACUGGUUCACAGAUAUCAACCUUAUCAGAUUUUUACAGACAGCUGAGAUGUUGAAGCCAUCCACCCCCUCAUCUAGUCACGAUAGUUCAUCAGGAUCCGAGGACACUAAUGAUUACUACCCAAGAAUUGUCUUUGUGCAGAACAAAUGUACCAGAGAUCAUUUCAGCAGGGAAACAUACCAGGCCAUGCAAUCAACAUUGUCUAAGAUGCUAGAGACUUCAAAACUGAAAUUAAAAGGGGAAGUGUCAAUGGCAAGUGGAAAUUUGUUGUCAGGGUUACCAAAACAUCAGCCAACAGACAUUAACUUAUAUCUGUUUCCAAAUAUGGAUAAUAAGAAAGAAUCUCAUGACACAGUACUGACCCUAUUACCAGAGUACAGAGGUUACCCAAGUGUCACUACACUGGUCAAUGGACUCAGGAAGCAAGUGUAUUCCAUGCCCAGGGAUAAUCUAACCCACACAACAUUGUCAGAGAAAAACUGGUUUCAUUAUGCAGCUAGAACUUUUGAAGCUGUAAAGAAAUCUCAGCUAAUGGCUGAGUACAACAGACUACUGCACUGAGAGAAGACAUUCAGCCCAAUAAGACACAAAUCAACAAUUGUUUGAUAUCAACAGAGUUGCAGUAAUAGUGCAGCUGUGACUUGCUAUCAUACAGAAGAUCUUUAGAUGAAAACCGUGUAGUAUCACAAGUCAGUGAGUGUGUCAGGGUCAGAUUGCUGUUGUUAGUAAAAUGUUGUUUUGAAAAUAAAAUUUCUGAACAACAAUAACAGAGAAAGCAAGACUGGCUCACUGGCUAGAGGAACUUGAAAUCAAGAUAGUGUACAUGUACAUGUAAUAAAAUCUUCUUUUUAUUUCUUCAA